AUGAGGAAAGACAUUUUCACCAAAUUUUGGAUUGAGUUACAAAGUUGGGAUCAAAGACGGGCAUGGGUCUCUACAUUGAUCAAGAUAGUUGAUAUAAAGCAAAAAAAGGCUUGCAGCAACUCAAGGAGAAAAUAUUCAUGGACUUACAAUCUAAUACAUAGAAGCAAAUCGUAUCAAGUCUGCAAAUCAAUGUUUGUCUCUACUCUUGGAUUACAAAGAACUCUGCUAGAUUGGGUGCAGGAUUCCAAACCAGAAAAUGAUAAAUUAGAAAUUAUUACAGAAGAAGGAAUUGCAAAUGUGCAAAAACCAACUCGUUAUGCUUCCAAUAAAUCAAAGCCUGACGAUUUAGAUUUCCUGAACAACUUUCUGUCGAGUUUAUCAACUGUUGAGUCUCAUUAUUGUAGAGCUGCGUGUUCAGAUAAGAAGUUUCUUGAGCCAGGAACGACAUUUAAUGGUAUUUAUGAUGAGUAUAGAAAACAAGCCGGAAUUGCUGAUAGCUGCCCAUUGAGUUACCCAAUCUUUCAUCGCAUUUUUAAUGAACGCCGCUUUUCUGUUUUUGUGCCUAGAAAAGAUCAAUGUGAUAUGUGUGUUGGUUACAAGCAUGGGAAUACAGAACAGGAUAUAUAG